AUGUCCAAGGCACAGGCGCGAGAUGCAGGAGAACAGCAGGCGUUCGGGGCCGAGGUCGACGCCAGCGGGUCUUCGCAACCACUCCCAGACCCACAGCUAAGUUUGACCUCGCCAAUCGGGCAGAAGCCGAGUGAUGUGGAAGCAGUACCGAUGACGUACAAGGAUGUGAUGUGUUCCAAGUACAAGGUUUUCUGGGAGGCGGCCAUGAAGAAAGAGAUAGAUGGCCACGGCAAGACUGGAACCUUUACCAAGGUCAAGGAGCCGCCCGGGGGGCGGAAGGCCAUAGGUUCGAAGUGGGUGUUCUCUUGGAAGACGAAUGAGAAGGGCCUGAUAGUCGACUUCAAGGCCCGUAUGGUUGCGUGGGGUUUCUCUCAAAUCCCCGGCUUCGACUUCCACCACUCAUCCUCAGCGUGCCCGUCUGCAGCGUCUAUCAAGGCGGUGAUUGCCGUAGCAACUGAAGGGGGCAAGAAACUCGCUCACUUGGAUGUGAAGCAAGCGUACACCCACGCUAAGCUAAAAGAAGAAAUAUAUCUCAGUUUCCCGGAAGGCUGUGGUAGCAUGUCCGGCAAAGUGGUCAAGACUGAGCGUGCCCUGUAUGGCCUAAAGCAGAGUGGCCGUGAGUGGGGGUUUGAAGCUGCCGAUGCCCUCAUCAAGCUGCCGAUGCCCUCAUCGAGAAUGGACACGAGCAGUGCAGGGUUGACCGUGUGUCUUCCGGAAGGUGGUGGGUGGAGAGGUCGUAGGUCUCAUCGUGAUCUACGUUGAUGACAUCUUAGUGGCGGCAGACGAGGAGAGCGAGAGGAGUUGUUCGCUUCCCUCAAUAAGAAGUUUCCGGUGAAAGAUCUGGGGGAGUGUACCUGGUACGACGGGUGUGCUAUCGCCAUGGAUGUAGAAAAUGGCAUCACCA